UUAAAUCUAGAAUCCGUCUGAAUGAAGUUGUUAAUUUUGUGUUGUGUCGUUUUGUCUGUUCUCACUUCUCUGUUGUUACUCUCCUUCACCUAUGAUAGCCUAAGAACAGUGUUUGAAUCGUGUGACUUGCAAUAUAAUAGUGUGAAAAAUGGUGACAUUAAGUUAUUCUCGUGAGUUAUUCUAGUUAAGUAUUUUGAACUCUGGAAACGCAAUUCAUUGCACCAUAUGUGUAAACUUUUAAGUUAUUUUAUGCCUUUUUAAUAGUCCUUCAUAGGCCUAGCCUGAGCUAACCCACAUUUAGUUAGAGAGGAGAGAGUAGGCUAAAACUUAGGCCUAGUUGGAAAAAAUCAUUCAUUCCACUUAACCAAAAGUUUGAUUUCAAAUGGAGCCUGUCAAAUUACCAUCUAAUGUAGUAAUUGAAUCACCACCUUCACUCAUGAGCGAUUUGGAAGAAACUAAUGAAGAGUAUAAUUUAGCUCGAACCAGGAUCUUGGGAUUUAGACCUCAAAAAGAAAACUCUUUUAACAAACUUUUACCAUACGCAGAAGAUUUAGAUCAUGAAUCCCAGGAAAUGUUAACAGAUAUCAAAUGCCAGCUAGCAAAAUCUGUUCUACUAAAGGAACUGAAGCCAGGAUGCACUGUUUGGUGUUUACGUUUGCAGAAAUAUAUCCAGAUGUUUGGGUUGAAAUUUUCAAAAGAAGAUCACAUUCUCUUCAUCAAAUUAAUAUUCGAGCUGUUGACAAUCCCAAAUUUGGAGCCACUGUUGAUUUCCAGAUUUUCAACUUGUUUAACAUGGUUAUUAAAAAAAAAGGAGCUAGUAUCCCGUGAAGAACUAAUUUUGCCUUGGAAACCUCUCUUCAAUAUUUAUGAUCGUUUGAUGUGCUCUAGUAAUUCCUGCAUUGGACUUUAUAGGUUUUCUCCAAACACUGAAAAUGCAUUGGCAGACCUACUCAUUGUUGCUAGAGUUUACUUUGAGUCGUCUGCCACCCAAGAGAUGUUGGAGCAGUGGCGUCCUCAACUUUGUCCGUUUGAUUCCGUCGCCAUUCAGAAUGCUAUGGAACUGUUGGACACAUUCCUUCCCACAGUGUUUCUGCCACAAGAGACCAGCUUGGGUUACAAGUUGUGGCUUGAUGAAUUCAUGGAUCUUUGGAAAACUUGUCACAACGCUCCUGUUUGGGAACCUCAUAUGAUGAGUAUCAUAUCUAGAGUGGCUUCACACAAUGUAGGCCAUAUAGAUUGGGAGCCUCAUAUGGCACUCAUGUAUACUCGUAUCCUCCGCAACUUCAACUUGCCUGUCAACUUCAAGAAGAUGAAGGUCAACAAGGCUCACAAACUUAGCACAUCUGCUGUAACUGUAUGGAUUGUUGCUACUUUGGGUGGAGGGAGUAGUUCACAGACAUAUCUGACCAGAAUGAUGAAAGUGAUGGAGUCUUACUUUCACCCGGCCAAUGUUGGGACGUGGGUCGCCCGCUUGAGAGAGUUUCUUAGGAAAAUCACCCAUCACUUCAUACAUAGAUUAAAUUUAGAACGACACCACAAGCCCUCAUGGCUUCCCAGUAUACCAGAGCGGGCCCGACUGACAGAGGAAGACAUCACGUUGUUUGUGGACUGCAUGGCUCCAAGUGUAAAACUGGCAAUGUAUUCCCGAGUAGCAUCAGAGAUCAGCCUUCCUCUUCAGUACUUGGCAACCUUGCGGCCAAACAUUGUCAUACCUCCCAUCAUUGAGAGCAUGUACAAUACCCUGGACUCUCUCACUGAGCCUCACAAGUACACUGCAGCCAUGCUGAGUCUGGUGUCAGUAGCUCGGCCCAUGAUAGAGCCUAAUGACUACAAGGAGGGCCCCACCCACGUUAUCCCUCUGCUAAUGGCUAUACUGCCUGGCAUCGACCCCAAUGAUAUACGCAAGUGUUUCAUCACCUUCCAGGUUCUCACCACAUUUACUGCAAUGAUUCCACUGGUUGACUGUUCUGGUGCCUCAGAACAUUGGAAAGACCUGACUGAGGAGGAGGAGAUAGUGUGUGCAGCCACCAGUCAGUUGGAGGACCUGGUGCUGGAGUUCAUGGACCGAUGUUUCACUUUAGUGGACAACAGUGUGUUGGAGAACACACGGCUAGAGCAGCAAGACCAACACAAGCAGGUCCGCAGCCGCAUGGAGAAUGUGGCGGAGAGUGCCAUCGUCUCCACCUUCAGUUGUCUCUUGUAUCAGACAUCCCCACAGAUAUUCAAGAGUGCCUUACGGAAGCUCCACACUUUUGUGACUAGCCGGAUCCUUGAGACUACUGUGUCUGGCAAAUCAGUUGGCUCAAUCUGCAGGACUUUUGCCAAGGUCCGCCCAGAGGAAACUUUGAAACUUCUCCUACCUCACUUUUGCCAGAUUAUUUUAGCAUAUGGAGAUCAUGAGGAUAUCAAACAAGAAGAGAACUUGGAUAAUGAGCUACUUUACAAUCUGCUCUUACUAUCUGAGGUAGUCAACUGCUAUGGUAAAUUCAUCAUUGGCUACGGAGAACUGUUGGAAAAGGUUUUAGACCUCACUCUUCACCUGAAAUGCUGCGAAGGAUAUACUUUGGCCUCCAAAUUACUCAACAACAUCUUGUCUGCAGUAUCGGUGACAAAACCUCAGGAUUUCAAAAGUAGCAAUGAAAACUAUGGAAAACCGAUUUCAGAAUACCUUCCUGUCAGGGAUUGGGGUAGGUCAUAUCAGACAAAAGACUUAGCUGUGGAAUGGUAUACACCAAGUGAAAAGGAAGUUAAAUAUGUUGAACACUUGAUUGCCAAGUACCUGGUUCCAGAACUUUACCUUAUUGAAGCCUACUCCAAGGACAAACACUCCUUCACAAGAGAAGAACUGCAGUGUUCCCUGAGCAUAGUCACAGCCUUUCUCGGUUGUGGUCGUCUCCUGCCCAUCUGGGAUGAGCCACCAGUUGCAUUCAAAGAGACUGUGGCAGACAGGAAGAAUUUUGUUGUGCGAUCAGCAUUCAAAGAGAUUGUGUCGAUGCCUGAUGGAAGCAAUGUUCGCAAAACCAUCGCCUUAGUCAUGGGUCAGCUUCAGACAAAACUGCUCUCCUGUGCUGAUACUGAGGACGACACCAAGUCCCUCAUCAGCAUCGCAAAUAUUUGGGGCUUACUUUUAAUGAACCUGCUCCCAUCUUGUGAAGAAUUUGAGGCACAGUCAAAAGCAUUACUACUUGGCAGAAAAAUAUAUGAGAACAAAAUGCUGGGUAAAAAGAGACACAUACGAUCGAUCUUGGUGAACAGAGCUUAUCACCAACACGAAACUAUCAUCAUCCUGAGUGUUCUACUGAGAACGGCAACUCAUGUGAAGGUGUUUGAUCAUCUGCUGGAACUGUGCACAAGCCAUUACAGUGACGUGAGGAAGAAUGCUCAGGGUAAAUUGAAUUAUUCCUUGAGACUUUAUUCAGACAAUUCAAUGUUGAUCUCCAAACUCUUAGAUAUUCUGAAACGAGACUCCAACAUUCAUCAUGAACAGAUCAAGGGAGCCUUGUACGUCCUGCUAGGUCCGAAGGAUCAUCCUCUGGUCAUACAGCGGGAGUGGGGCUUACUGAAGCAGCUGUGGCCAGCUUUGGUGCAAGCACAGCCCUCAGAGAAGCCCUCAGUCAUCAACUUGCUCAAUGCACUGAGUGACACUGUGCGCAAACACUUCCACACCCUCAACAUUGACAUCCAGAUUGGGGAAAAGGGCGAAGAAGUUUGCAAAAAGUUGUGGAAGACCUCAAAUCCGACCCCAAACAUUCCUAUACCCUCUUCUGAAGACAUUAUUUCCGCACAGAAACGUUUGAAUGAGUUGAAUGAACGAAACAAAGCAGAUUAUCUAGAAUUGCUAGACACACUAGGCACUUGCAUCAAUUCAAAUCUACACUGGAGGCAUCAUUCUCUGGCCCUAAACUUUCUGCUAGAUCUUGGACACCCGGACUGUGCAUAUCCUCCCCACAUGAUCCGUCACAUUCUGCACACUCUAGUUCAUGAUAACAUUGAAUUCAGAAAGGUUGCCAUUAGAUGUACAAUAUUUGUGCUGAAACAGCAGAAGCGGAAGCACAAUAAGCAGUGUGUGGUACUACAAGACAGCAGCAGCAGUGGUAGAGUGCCUUAUGGUGACAGAGAUGACAAUCAGUGGCUGCAGUACAACAGUUCUACAGUCCCAAGAUCACCUGAUGCCUGGGACCAGCCCAGAUAUGUACACAAUCAGUACGUCAGCUACUACGACUGGCCCAAAGAGCUGAAAGUUUACAGUCCAUCACAAGAACAACCACCACUAGACAGAACAAGGGAAGAGCUAAGUGCGGGGGAGAGAGAGGUGGAUGACUUCUUCUCAGAUCCAAGGAUGAUUGACAAGUUAAUGUCAUUUUUCUCUUUAGAGGAUAAGAAAGGAAAGGACAAAUUCAAUGGCAUGCGAUUUAUCCUGUUUAAGAACUUGUUCCGUAACUCUGGAGACAAGUAUGUGGAGUUCUUCAAGCCUCAUCUAGAGCGGCUGAUAGCAGACAAACAGGAGAGCAACCAGAGGUGUGCUGCUGAGAUUAUCACUGGUAUGAUCAGAGGGGCGAAACAUUGGCCAUAUGAGAAGGUGCAACACAUGUGGGACUACCUGCUGCCUUUACUGAGGACUGCCUUCACCAACAUGACUGUGGAAACUGUCAAUGACUGGAGCGUGAUGGCGGCCACAGCGUCUGAGAACCGUGAUCCAAACCGCCACCACUGGCUGUUGGAGUUUCUAAUGGAAGAUCCUCUAAGACAAGAGUCGUCUUUUAUCGACUGUGGUCGUCUGAGUGCCUUACAAGGAGCCUUAAACCAGCAGGAGUGGAGAGUGGUGGAGCUUUUCAACAGGUUGUUGGACUACCUCAGUCCCAAACUGUCCCACCCUUACCAACUGUUGAGGGAGAGAAUCGGAAGUGUGCUGACAAACAUCUUUGCCCUGGACCUGCCUACAGUAGGAGCCCGCAGGACAAGAGGUCCACAGAUAGCCAAGUUUGUUGCUGGAGUCAUGCCUCAGUUGCAAUGUCUUUAUUCCCUCUCCGAAGCCUCUACCAAUAACCAUAGAUCAGAUAGUAAAGAAGAAACUAUGCAAGUUGAUCAGGCAAGUGGAAAUCAAAUGUCAGAAAAUGGAAAGAAUACAGCUCUGUGCUUAUUGAAAACUAUGGUCAAAUGGAUUACUAACAGUGUUGUCCGGGCUGACUACAGUGCUAUCCCAGAAUUCUUUGCAUUCCUCCCUCUUGUGUCUGUGAUGGAGAAUUAUGAAGCAGACGACGAACUGAACAAAAUCUGUGCAAUGAUGCUAACAUCCAUGGCACAGUCGCUGACUCUACCUGAGUUUGUGUCUACUGCUCUGGCUGCCAUCAAAGAGGUGUCUGAGAUGAGUUCCUGGUCUGCCCGGGCCACGUGUCUGGAGUUUCUGCAAGUGUUUGUAUUCCACAAUAUGGCCACCAUAGCCAGUCAAGACGUCUGGGUUUCUCAGGUGAACAACCUGGUUCUGAGGUUGUUGAAGGAUGACCGAGUAGAAGUGAGAGAGAAGGCAGGGCAGGUGUUGAGUGGUCUCAUACACUGUGGCUUCAUAUCUGACACCAACUUGCUCCUGGGUGAUUUGAAGCGACUAGCUGCCAAGCAGAAGUCACAUGCGAGUGACGUGGCCAAGCGACAUGCAGGAGUGUUGGGUCUGUGUGCCUUCAUAUCUGCCAACCCCUAUGAUGUGGUGGACCCCGUCCCAGAGAUCUUCCUCAUGUUGGGACGUCAUCUCAACGACCCUCAACCUAUACCUAGUAGCAUUAGAAAAACCUUAGGCGAUUUCAAGCGCACCCACCAUGAUAACUGGGAGCAGCACAAACAGAAGUUUACGGAGGAGCAACUGGCUGUCCUGACGGAUCUCAUAGUGCCUCCGUCCUACUACGCUUGACAGGUUGUCUGGUGUCUUGUAUAAAUCCUGGCCGAUUAUACUGUAUUAUACUGGGCGAUGUGAAGAUGGUGCUGGAAUUAAGUUAAGCUCUGGUUGUGUACUAUUUAAAAUAAGACCCUCAUUAAACUGAUUUAAGCAUUUAUAUCUCACAAACACAAGCCCUACUUAUUGUAAUGUAAUUAAUUAUGUUCUGUACAGUAUAAACAAUACUAUCAUUAAUUUUAUACAAAGAUAAACUGUAAUUACGGAUGUCUAAAAUGUUCUGCUUCCUUUAUACCAGCCUUAAGUCUUACAUUUUAUAGUAUAGCUUGAUUUUAUCAAGGACGAUACAUUUCACAUCUGUUAAUACAUGCUAAUUGUCUCAGUUUAAAAUAAACUUAUUGACCAUUCAAUUUUCCCCCAUUUGAACCAUAUUGUGUGUUGUUCCUAAUUUUUAAGGUCCGUUUUCAAUAAAUAAAUUGUUUUAUUUUA